AUGGCCAGCCCAAGCCAACUUCCUUCGAACUCAAAAGUCAGCGGUCUGCAUAGUGACAAACCGCCACAAGCUACAGCAACGAGCUUGUUUCCUCCAGCAAGCACGAAUCCUUUUGCUGAACCUGCUGCAUCCGCAACGGCCUCAACUCCAGCCCCGGCUAUAACGAGCGCAUCUGCUGUGAGCCCUGCUGCUACACCUGCUUCACCUUUCUCGUUUGGACCAACUGCGCCAGCAAAGGCGCCAGAGCCAGCUGCAGCCAAACCAUCUGCAUUUUCUUUUGGUCUAACUGCUCCAACUUCACAACCUACUCCCGCAAGCCAGCCUCAGCCAGCUUCACGGCCUAUCUCAACGACGCUCAACGGCAAGCUACUACUAAGGAUGCUGGACAAAUUGCUGGAUGGACUGAAUGUCCUUCAUGUCAUUAACGAACCCACGGCGGCGGCUCUCGCUUACGGACUGGACAAAGACAGUAAAGCCAAAAUCAUCGCUGUUUACAAUCUUGGUGGUGGAACUUUCGAUAUCUCCAUCCUCGAAAUGCAUGACGGCGUCUACAAAAUCAAGUCCACCAACGGUGGCACCCAUCUUGUCAAUGGUGGUGAAGACUUCGAUAUUCUCCUCAUGGUCAUCCAGCGUAUCCGUGAAGCGGCAGAGAAGGCCAAAAUUGAGCUUUCGUCAACCGCCCAGACGGAAAUAAACUUGCCGUUUAUCACCGCCGACGCAACUGGUCCCAAGCAUAUCAACACGAAACUGCUCCGUACGCAAUUUGAGGCCCUUACUUCUUCCCUCAUCCAACGCACUGUCACUCCCUGCAAGAAGGCCCUGUCCGGCUGCGGACGUCGAGCCCAGCGAUGUCCACGAGGUUAUCCUUGUCGGUGGUAUAACCCGUAUGCCCCGUGUCACGGAGACUUUCAAGAGCGUUUUCGGUCGCAUAGCAAGGGUGUCAACCCUGACGAGGCUGUCGCUAUUGGCGCUAGUGUUCAAGGUGGUGUUUUGGCCGGCAACAUCACGGAUGUUCUGCUUUUGGAUGUUACGCCUCUUUCCCUCGGUAUCGAAACUCUCGGUGGUAUCAUGACCAAGCUCAUCACUCUCAACACGACCAUCCCUACCAAAAAGUCGCAGGUCUUCUCGACUGCCGCUGACGGUCAAACUGCUAUCGAGGUCAAGAUCUACCAGGGCGAGCGUGAACUCGUUGCAGACAACAAGCGCCUCGGUAACUUCAACCUGGUUGGCAUUCCUCCUGCUCCCAAAGGUGUUCCCCAAAUCGAAAUCACCUUCGACAUCGAUGCUGAUGGUAUUGUCAACGUCUCUGCCAAGGACAAGGCUACUGAAAAGGACCAGUCUAUGACCAUUGACUCUUCUUCGGGUCUAAGCAAGGAAUGGUUUCUGACGCUGAGCAAUACGCCGAGUCGGACAAGGAACGCCGCAACCUCAUCGAAAUGUUCAACAAGGCCGAUUCCUUCUGCGCUGACACCGAGAAGUAUUAUUAUCAAACUCAUUGGCGAGCUCUGUGCUCUUGCGCUCCAAGCUCAGGCUCGCGACGGCUCUAUCACGCCCGAGGCCAUCAAGACCAAGAUGGACGAAACCCAGGUUGCCUCACUCGGACUCUUCCAAAAUGUCUACGAGAAGAAGAACGCUGAACAUGUGGCGUCAUCGGAAGCGCCCGCUGAGGAGAAGAAGGACGACGACAAGAAGGAUGAGAAGGAGUAA